AUGUCAAACCCCUUCGGCUCAGCAUGGCGCUCCUUUUGGCAUACAAUGACUUCCUACGACCGCCACGCGUCCCAUGACUCCCCCUAUCGAACAGGUAGACAUGUGCCUCUCAGCCAAAGCCGCCAUGAGCCUCUCACAUCCAUCGCGACAAGCGCUAUCGAAUCCCGACCGGAUCUCACUAGCGCUUACGAGGACGAACAGCCGAAUGGCAUCAGCUCACCUAACCGUCCCUAUUCCCCAGGAAUGCGGUCAAUGUCUUCUCACACUCGGCGGUCAGGAGACCACGGGGCGGAUGGUGCGGAAAUCCAGAUGCAAAGCUUCCACGACGGGGCACCCCCUCCUCCCCCUGUAUCCCAUUCGUGGAGAAAGAUAGAGCGCUGGCUGGAAAAUCAUUACGAGGAACUUUACGAUAAUCUUUGCGAAGGUUGCACCCAGAACGAUAUCAACGAGCUGGAACACGAACUUGACUGCAGCCUUCCUUUGGAGGUUCGAGAAUCUCUGAUGAACCACGAUGGCCAAGAACGCCCUGGUUUGCCGACUGGCAUUAUCUUCGGCUGCAUGCUCCUUGACUGUGAGGAAAUCGUGCAGGAAUGGAAGAAUUGGAGGACGGUCAAUGAAGAGUUUCUCGCCUCUCCAGCAAUGGUCAAUACUCCGAUCCCGAAGGCCACAGCCAGCUCAUCUUCUGCCACACCUCCCCCUCAGGCGUCAAACCCAAUGUGGCGACAGGACCUGCUCGAGCGACAAGACUCACAACCUCCAGGCGCAGUUCAGAAAGCCUACGCUCAUCCCGCUUGGAUCCCACUCGCUCGUGAUUGGGGUGGCAAUUGUAUCGCAGUCGACUUAGCCCCUGGACCCGCGGGGAAAUGGGGUCAAGUCAUUAUAUUCGGCCGGGAUUACGAUUGCAAAUACGUCAUUGCUCGAUCUUGGGCCACAUUUCUUGCCAUUUUCUCAGAUGAUAUUUGCAGCGGCAAGGCUGUCGUGGAAGAGGACUCGAACGAAUUGAAGCUCCUGGAAUUCAAAGCGCAGAAUGUGGAACCACCAUACUUAGAGAUCAUGCGUUGGAGGGCAGAUCAAAAAUAUGGCAGGAAAGCACCUCGCCGCAAGGCACCCAACGGCCUGGGCCUCAACACCAGCACCAAAUCUGGGAAGGAGUCACCUUAUGGGAGCCCAGGCCCUAGUGAAGAGCGCGGGAGGUCACCACACCGUUUCCCAAAUCGCGGUUCUACCCAAAGUCCAAAGACACAAUUUGGCAUUUCAAGUCCUCUUGCCCGUGUCACCGAGGAGGCUUCGAGCCCAGUCCACGGGACUGCUGAAAGCGAAACCGCCGACGAUACUACCGCGCCUGCUAUAAAGGAAUCCCACAGUGAAGAUCUUCUAGAAGUUGCGACUCCGCAGGCCUCGGGAAAGGAGAACGAAGGUUUUGGCGAGCAACAAUCUGCGAGUAAGGCGGAUUCCGAGAAGUUGCAAAGACGUGAAUCAAACCAGGGAACCUCUACGGCCGGCUUGGACAAUGAAGUCCUUGGCGAAAUGAAGAACGUCGCCAUCUAA